AUGGCCACCCAAGACGACAAGAAAGACAUCACCCAGCUUGAGCGGACGCUUUCCGCUGCUGACGAGAAGGGUGAUCAUGCCAACUACGAGCGUGUCGACCAGGAAGUUGCCAAGUAUGCUAAUGCCACCGCUGUUGCCCUCUCACAGGAGGAGGACGACCGUCUGAAGAAGCUGAUCGACAGGCGUGUCCUGCCGAUCAUGGUCUUCACAUACUUUUUACAGGCGCUUGAUAAGGGUACCAUGUCCUUUGCUUCCAUCAUGGGCAUCCGUGAAGACGUCCCCGGCCUUGAUCAGAACAAGAAUUUCGCUUGGUUGACAACUUGUAUUUACCUCGCAAUCUUGGUCGUCGAAUACCCCAUCAACUGGACGAUUCAGCGUGUCCCCGUCGCUAAGUUUCUCUCAAUCAACAUCAUGCUCUGGUCCACCACACUCUGCCUACACGCCGUCUGCUUCACAUUCCCCGCUCUCAUCGCCAUUCGAACACUCCUCGGUAUCUUCGAGGCCGUUUGCCAGCCGGCAUUCCUCAUCAUGAGCUCUAUCUGGUACAAGCGCUCGGAACAGGCCCAGGUCGUCACUUACUGGUACAUGAUGAACGGUGCCCAGCAGAUGGUCGGUGGUCUUCUCGCCUACGCCUUCUCGCAGAUCCAGCAUCCUUCGAGGGGAACCGGCGGAACCGCAUCGAUCAGGUCAUGGCAGGCUAUCUUCAUCACUUACGGAUCCUUCUCCUUCCUCUGGGGCAUCUUCGUCCUCUACUGGCUCCCUGACUCUCCCAUGCGCGCCAAGUGCUUCUCUGAAGAGGACAAGAAGCUUAUGGUCGAGCGUGUUCGAUCCAAUCAGACCGGUCUCCAGAACAAGGUCUUCCGUUCCUACCAGCUUAAGGAGGCUCUGACCGACCCCCAGACCUACUGCUACAUGUUGAUCCAGAUCUGCACAACACUGCCCACAUCUGGCCUUGGCGCUUUCUACAACAUCAUUAUCAAAGGUCUUCAGUUCUCCGUUCUCGAGACUCAGCUUCUCUCCAUGGUACUCGGCGCUGUCAUCAUCUUCACACUGAUGGCUUCUGCUUGGAUGACCAAAAAGUUCAACCAGAACUUGUACACUAUGCUGGUGUUCAUGAUUCCAUCCUUCGUUGGCACAAUCGUGAUCAUGACCGUUAAGAACACCAACCACUCCACCCGUGCCGGUCUCCUGAUCUCCUACUGGAUCAUCUUCACUUUCUGGGCCGCGCAGGGUCUCGGCAUGUCCAUGUUGACGCGGAACGUCGGAGGGCAGACAAAGAAGUCCGUUUGCAUCACAUUGAACUUCCUCGCGUGGUGUGCCGGAAAUGCUACGGGUCCGCAAGUCUUCUUCGAUGGCGAUGCGCCGCGCUACGUGAAGGCGCUGUCUAUCCAUCUCGGAUGCUACAGUGUCCUAGUUUGUGUUAUCCUGUUCCUGAGAUGGAACUUGGUGCACCGGAAUAAUAAGAAGGACCGCGAGUUUGGUAAGGAGACCACCACUGCUCACGGUUUUGAUGAUCUUACGGAUCGAGAGAACCCUAACUUCCGCUACGUCUUCUAA